CCACUGCCCUGACCUGACCAAAUCAGUCCAGUCCAGUUCCGACAGCUAGAUAGAUGCUCAAUUAGCAAUCCUGACCAACCAACCAGCCCGCACCACUACCAGCCCGCACCGCACCACUGCCAACCGCACCCUCGGGCCUCCGGGAGUUUGAGCCGGCCCCAGCCAAACAUCCCGAGCCGCUCGCUCAUGGGAGAACUCCGGCACAGGGUCAAAUCGGCUACUGUCGGCUCCAAAGGUCCGGGCCUAGAGGUGAGUCGAGCCCUGCACGGGAUGCAACCGCCUGCCCUGCCUAGGUUUCGGCAAGAUGGAGGUUCAGGGACCAGGCAGCAAGAUCCGGGGAUCAACAUUUGUAGGAUGAUCGAGGAGUGGGAUAAUGGGAUACGGAAUACGGAAAAUGGGAUCUGGGAUACGGAAUACCUAUGGAAUAUAGAAUACGGAAUACUGUACGGAAUGGCCCUCUCGGAGCGACGCCGAGCUUGCUCUUGCUCGAGGCUUUCGAGGACACCAAGCCCCCUCCCCGCCUCCCGAGUCCCGACGCCCCCGACGCACCAGUCAGGAGUCUACCACCUACCGAGCCUACCUAUACUCUGGAGCGUCCACCCGUGCCAGCCUCUUGUUCGCUCUCAUUCGCUCUCGCUCGCUCCAGGUCGGUCUGCUCGUCCGCCUCGAAAGGGGGUCCCAACCGGUCGGGACUACACACAUCUCUACUUGUGGAAGGUUGCGUUGACGUCGGCCGAGCGUUCGUGGAGGAGAUCUCAACAUGGGAGACAUGGAAGGGAAGACAUGGGAGAUAUGCCCGGUAAUUGUACAAUGCACGGACCGCACCUUCAUCUUCAUCGGAGAGAAACGCCUCUGUCUCUGUUUCCACGGAAAGUAAUCUACCCUCACGCGAGCCCUGCGUUUGUGGUGGGGGCGGUAACUUUGUAUCUGGGUAGGCAGUUGCUUGGUUGCUUGGUUAUCGGACCACGACCCUUUUCCCCGGUGUUUGGAUAUACGGUAGGUACAUACAUGGAAGUUUUCGAGUUGUCGGAUCCAAAUCCAAAUCCUGAGACGCCACGCCGCUGCGAAACAUCCCCCCGGGGACCCAAGCAGCUCUACGGGUUUCCAAGUUUCCGAGUCCAUGCCUCCGGUCUCGGUGGAGUUUCAUCUCGGGGGGAAGAGCAGUUCUCGCCAGUGCGUGUCAACUCAAACCUCAACAACGGGCUCGCGAGUCCCCACGGCUGUUCCGGAGUGUCGGAAACGGGUAUAACCCCCACCACCGCGCACGAACCGAGUGCGGUGGACGCAAAAGAAAAGAAAAGAAAGUUCUCGGCGGUUUCUUUUAACGAGGGAGGAGGAUAAUUACCGUGUUUCUCGUUUAUGCAUGCCACCUCGUGUUUUGCUCGGAAUUUGAAUUUCGCAGAGGUGCCUAUUAUUGGCAGCUCGAGC